AUGCUGCGCGCUACGCUCGCAUCACCUCUCCUUCUACUCGGAUUGGUCGCAUCUGCCGUCCACCUGCCGGUAGUACCACCCUCUCAGGAAGUCCUCGAGCCGUCCGGAGCACGGAAAGACGCUACGGUGCUCAUUCUUGGGGGAGGCGUCGCCGGGGUGACCGCGGCACGCACCCUCCAUGAACAGGGCAUCGACGACUUUAUCCUAGUAGAAGCGAGAGGCGAGCUCGGCGGUCGCCUCAUGAGUCAUUCAUUUGGUGUACCUAGCAGGAAGUUCACUGUCGAACUCGGUGCGAACUGGGUGCAGGGUACGCAGACCGGCAAUGGGGCUGAAAAUCCCAUAUGGACUCUGGCGAAGAAGCAUAACGUCACGACCCGUUCGAGCGAGUAUUUCGGUAGCAUUUCGACAUAUGAUGACUCAGGAGCGUUCGAUUUCCGCGAUAUCUUCGAUGCUUCGGUUGAAGACUUCCAUAAAUUAGUGGCCUCAGCGGGUGGUCGAGUUCCAAAGAGACUCGUCGAUAUGUCAGCACGCGGCGGUUACUCACUCACGGGCUCACACCCGGAAUCCAAACAUCAAAUGGCGUCUGAAUACUACCAAUUCGACUGGGAGUUCGGUACCACUCCAGAAGAGACCUCAUGGCUAGCUUCCUCAUGGGCACAUAACUACACGUUCGACCCGGCGUCUGGUGGGUUCUCGUAUGAGAACCUUCUCUCAGUUGACCAGCGUGGCUUCAAGACGCUGAUCCAGGCGGAGGCGAGGGAAUCAUUGAAGCCAGCCCAAGUUCGACUGAACUCGACAGUCAGCGAGAUCAGCUCCUCGAAACACGGUGUGAAGGUUACACUCACAGAUGGGCAUGUACUCCGCGCGGACUACGCCCUCUGUACCUUCAGCCUUGGUGUCCUACAACACAGCGACGUGAAGUUCGUCCCUCCUUUACCGGCAUGGAAGCGGGAGGCCAUCCAUAGCAUGUCGAUGGGUACGUAUACGAAGAUCUUCCUGCAGUUCCCAGAAAAGUUCUGGUUCGAUACGGAGAUGGCGCUAUAUGCCGACUACGAGCGCGGACGGUACCCUGUCUGGCAAAGCCUGGACCAUCCGUCGUUCCUUCCUGGUUCCGGGAUCCUUGUGGUAACUGUCACAGGCGACUUCUCCAAGCGCAUCGAGUCACUGCCCGAUUCGUACGUUCAAUCGGAAGUGAUGGACGUCCUGCAAAUGAUGUUUCCCGAGGUGGAUGUGCCCGAGCCUACCGACUUCUACUUCCAACGCUGGCACAGCGACCCGCUGUUCCGCGGAUCGUACUCGAAUUGGCCGGCGGCUUUCCUCAGCGAACAUCAAGGCAACUUGCGCGCGAACGUGGACGAGAGACUUUGGUUCGCGGGCGAGGCAACCAGUCGGAAAUACUUUGGGUACCUGCACGGUGCUUACACGGAAGGUGAAGCCAUAGGGCAAACGUUGGCGGAGUGCAUCCAGGGAGGCGGAUGCUUCGGGCUCGAGCACAUCGACCGCGUGCAGAAUGCGAGGCCGUAUGACAUUAUCUAG